AUGGAAGAACAAAACCGAGUACUACCAAUGAAAUACUUUCAUUCUCUUCAAGAGAAGUUGUUAAAAUUUAAUCCUCAAACAAAUGAAAAUUACUUAUGUACAGGAGAAAUAACAGACAUUAUAUCGACAGUAAUUCCUAUACUUGAAAAAGAACCAACACUAUUAGAAUUGUCACCUCCGGUCAAUAUUGUAGGAGAUGUUCAUGGAUGUUUUAAUGAAAUGAUUGAAUUAUUAAAGAAAACAUUAAUCCCAAAUGCCCCAUAUCUAUUUCUUGGAGAUUAUAUUGAUAGAGGGAAAUUUGGUAUAGAAGUUAUGUGUUUAUUAUACUUAUUUAAAAUACAAUUUCCUAAUCAAUUUUUUCUUUUAAGAGGGAACCAUGAAUCAUUUUCAGUUUCUAGUAGAAUGGGAAUAGCAUCAUUUCAUCAACAAUGUGUUCAUCGAUAUUCUGAAAUUAUUUCAUUACAUUUUUUUAAUAGUUUUAAUUACCUUCCUAUUGCUUGUUUAGUAGAUCACUCAAUGCUAUGUCUUCAUGCAGGUAUUUCUCCUGAUCUUAAAAGUAUUGAUCAAUUAAAAAAAAUACAUCGUCCAAUAGAAAUACCAGAACGAGGAUUGUUGUUUGAUAUCUUAUGGUCUGACCCUUUUAUUCCUCAAACAAAAAAUACUGAUAAUAAAAUAAAUGUUGAUUAUAAUGGGUUUAUCCCAAAUACAAAUCGUCAGUGUUCAUAUUUUUUUGGACAAAGAGCACUUGAUACAUUUCUUCAACAAAACCAAUUAAAAUAUUUAUGUCGAGGACAUCAAGUUGCAGAUGGAUUUCAAUUAUCAAUGAAUAAUAAAUGUAUUACUAUUUUUAGUUGUCCUGGAUAUGGAACAAAUAAUAGAGCUGGAAUGCUUGUAAUAGAUAAAGGAUUUAAGUGUCAAUUUGUAUAUUCUAAAUGA